UCUUCCUGGAAUUUGUCGGGACUGGGAGCGGAACUCCUGGAGUCAGAGCGGGAGUAACGGGACUUUCGGACGCAGGGAGACCCCGAUUCGAGUAGUUCGUGCGGAGGGACACAUUGGCUCUCGCCGCUCAUCCCUGAGCACCCCAAACUGUGGGGAGACCGUCGGACCCCGGAACCUGGGAGCCCCGUGGAGCUGAGGAGGGACACAGGGACCAUGCCGUACCUGCUCAUUAGCACCCAAAUCCGUAUGGAAGUGGGUCCCACGAUGGUGGGAGACGAAUUCUCUGACAAGGAGCUGAUGGGGUACUUGGGGGCCACUAAGAGGAAUAUGCUGGGAAACAACUUUUGUGAAUACUACGUCCACGAUCCGCCCCGAAUCGUUCUGGAUAAGCUGGAGGUCUGGGGCUACCGUGUAGUGAGCAUGACAGGCGUGGGCCAGACGCUGGUGUGGUGCCUUCACAAAGAGUAGCCACGUCCCCUCCAACCUUCUGCCUCCAUCUGGAGAGGGCCCUGUGUACCAGCUGCCCCCUCCUCCCAGCCCCUUGGCCAGGGCAGCCAUCUGCCUGCGAUGUCACUCUCUCCUUCAUCUGUCAUGUCCCCCUUAUGGUGUUCUUUUUCUUUUUGUAAUAUAAAAUGGUUCUCUGUGGGAGCAGGUUUCUUGGGGAGGUUUUUGGGGGGCAGCCUUAGUUUCAGUUCAGAGUAAUAAUCACCUCAAAUACAGCCAGCUGAUAAAGUCCAAACGUUUAUUUCUUAUCUCUUUCCUUGGGCCCGGUUAGCUUUCUUAGAGGCCUCUCUCCUUCCUUAGUUCCAAGAGCUCUUGCCGCUAAUCUUUUGCCUCUGUCAGCUUCGGCUUCUCUUCUUCCAAAUAUCUCCAGCCAGCACCAAGGUGAAAGUUGGAAUAAAUCUGUCUUGCCUCCAAGAGAGGGCUUGUGGGCUUCUGCAUCUCCCAGAGUGCUCCUUGGCCCUGAGAGUUUCUUGCUUAUAUGCUGUUCACUGAGUACACACCAAUCAUUAUAUCACUGGGAAACCAUUAUUUGUUGCAGGAUUAAAUCAAUGCUAACUACAUUUAAUCAUUGUCUCCUCAAUUCCACUUAGUACCUUAUUUUAAGUUCUGGCCUAUAAUAUCUCCUCAUAGGAUCAGAUCAAUCAUACUGAACCCUGCUAAAUUAGAUAAUUAUUGUCUCUAUCAACUCUGAUGAGUUAACACUUUGUAAGGAUUCCAACAUCUCCACAUCCCUAACGAGCACCUACAGCCUUCAUGGCAACCUGCUGCAGUCGGUGGCUGGGGUCCCAUCUGCUGGGGGGGAGUGCUCCAAAGCCCCCUUCCCGCUGCCCUGCCUGCUUCAUCCCUGACACAGAGGCACCAUGCAAGCCCUGAUACAGCCAGCAGGAAACUUCCUAAAGGGAGAAGGGAGCUUGCCCAGCUGGGAGACCCAACCAAAAAACUACCCAGUGUGAAGAUGUCCCCGGGCCACACUGUAAUCUAGUCCCACAAUAAAGAGUUGUCUUCCUGCCCCA